GGUCAGGAACCGCGAAUUUGGAUUCUCCACUUUCAAACUUCCCACCCUUUUCCCUCCCCCACCACCCUCUCUCCCCGAAGUUUCAAAUCUCUCUUCGCCCCCUUCAACCCUAUGUCCGAACCAUCUCACUGUAUCGACUGUGAGAGCAAAACAAAUUAGGGUUUCGUUUCUGCAAUGGUGGGCAUGACGAUGACCGCCAAUUCCCACGAAAGGCUGGCUUGUCUCAUGGACUCCGCCAUAUUCGCCUCCGACAUUCCGUCGAAGCUCGACCGGUUGCGCCAAUCGAAGCACGAUUUGGUAACAGGACCCUGAUUUGCUUUCCGAACUCCUCCCUCGCUUCUUCGAGCUUCAGUCCGACCGAAUGCUUGGCGAAAUUGGAUUGAUGCAUGUUGAAUUGUUGCCAGAAAUUGUACGCUCUUUAAUUAAUGUUUUGAGUGAUGGAACACUGGCAGUUGCUCGACAGGCGAUCACUACCGGGAUUCAUUUAUUUCAUUGCGUUCUCGAAAAGGUUUCGAUUCAGGGUCUACAUACUAGUGAAUUGGACAGUUUGCUUGAGUUGGCUUGGGCAUGGGUGUUAAAGUUGAAGGAUGAAAUAUACUCUAUAGCUUUUCGGCCGGGAAGCGGCGGAGUAAUGCGAGCACUGAAAUUUGUUGAGUCAGUCAUUCUUCUUUAUACUCCUGACCCUAAUGGCUCCCCGGCGCCCCCUGAUCAUGAAGGGGACUUGGUGGAUUUUAAUGUAUCCUGGCUUCGUGGUGGUCAUUCCCUACUCAAUGUUGGAGAUUUGUCAAUUGAGGCUAGUAAAAGUUUGGGUCUAUUGCUUGAUCAACUCAGGUUCCCAACUGUGAAAUCUCUUGGUAGCUUAGUGAUCGUUGUGCUUAUUAACAGUCUUUCAGCAAUUGCAAAGAAGAGGCCUGCAUUCUUUGGUCGUGUUUUGCCUGUAUUACUUGGAUUUGAUCCCUCAAGCACUCUCAUUAACGGGGUACAUGUUUCUGGGCCACGUCAUGCCUUAAAAAAUGCCUUUCUCACCUGCUUAAAGUGUAUGCACCAGGGUGCUGCACUGUGGCGGGAUCGUUUGGUUGGUGCGAUGAGAAAGAUGCAAGCUGGAGGGCUGGUAGAGCUAGCCACCCAGCAAGAAUGCAAGAUUAAUCGAAGUGUGGAAGACGGGCUAGAUGAUUCUCUAGUUACUAAGGAAGAGAAGCGCACUAUUAACAUAUCUAAUGAUGUGCAAAGUAGUUUCGGGAAGAAACGGUUAGGAGCACUUGAUAGUAGUGAUCUUGCAGUGGAUGAAAAUGUAUCAGGAAAGCGUGCCAAAUCGACAUCUAGUGUCUUUGGGGAUUCGGCUAAAGAGUUAGAUAGGAAUGUUUCUGUGUCUCAAGAUGAUGUUUCUUCAAGUGGAACUACCACUUCUAGAGGAGAUGGUGAAAGUGGACCUGUACAGCAACUUGUUGCUAUGUUUGGUGCGCUGGUUGCUCAAGGUGAAAAAGCUGUUGGUUCUUCAGAAAUUCUUAUGUCAAGUAUCUCUGCUGACUUGUUAGUAGAGGUAGUGAUGGCUAAUAUGUGCAACCUUCCACCCAAUCUUAUUGGAACUGAAGGAGAUCAAUUUCUGAUGAACAUGGGUAUAGUCGGCAGUGAUUCUCAAGUUAAAUAUCCACCAUCAUUUAUUGCUGAUGUUCUUUCACUUACAAGCACUUUCCCUCCAAUAGCUGCACUCCUAGAUGCUCGUGAGUCAGUGUCAAUGAUAUACAGUGUUGCAUCUACCGGCAUGGAUUAUGUUGUUGGAGAUGAUACUGCUAUCUUACCUAUGGGUUUACCAGCUUCAUCUGAAACGGAGCAUAGUUGCCCAUCAAUUCCAUCUGAUCAUGAUAUGGAAUAUCUUGAGAGUGAAAUACCUGGACUGGAUUCUUCUGCUUGUAAUAGUGGAUCAGAACCUAUCGUUACAUCCUCAUCAGCCUUAAUGGAUGUAGAAGAUGCAAGCCUAGAGCAAUGUACCAGUCUUAAGGUAGAAAAUGCAAGCCAAGAGCAAGUUACCAGUAUGGAUCAAAAGACUCCACUUAAUAUACCUCCAUCACUGUCAACGGAUAAGUCUGAGGAGCUCAGUCCACGUUCAGCUGUUGCAGAUGUCAGCCUGCUUUCUUCGACAGCAACUUCAGUUGGAUUGUCCUAUCAUCUUGUCGUGCCCAAGAUGUCGGCGCCGGUUGUUAUCCUUUCUGAUGAAGAGAAGGAUCGGUUGCAGCAAUUGGCUUUUACUCGCAUCAUCGAGGCACAUAAGCACAUAGCCGUUGCUGGAGGUUCCCAAAUACAAUGUUCUCUCCUUAUAAGUUUAGGAGUUGAGUUCCCUUUGGAUUUAGACCCAUGGAAACUGCUGGACAAGCACAUCUUGGCAGAUUAUACGAAUAAUGAGGGACACGAGUUGACAUUACGUGUCCUAUACAGGUUAUUUGGAGAGGCCGAAGAGGAACGCGAUUUCUUUUCUUCGACAACCGCUACUUCUGUAUAUGAAAUGUUCCUUUCAACUGCGGUGGAAACACUUACAGAUUCUUUUCCACCAUCUGAAAAAUCACUAAGCAGAUUGCUUGGUGAGGUUCCUUAUUUACCAGAUUCAGUUUUGAAAUUAUUGGAGUGCAUGUGCUCACCUGGAAACUGCGGCAAAACUGAGAAGGAAACACAAGGUGGGGAUCGAGUGACUCAAGGUCUUAGCAUUGUCUGGAGCCUGAUUUUACUAAGACCUCAUCUCCGAGAUCUAUGCUUAAAAAUUGCUUUACAGAGUGCAGUUCAUAAUCUGGAGGAAGUGCGCAUGAAGGCUUUACGUCUGGUACUUACUCGCAACUUGCUAUUUGAUCAACGAGUUAAGUGUGUGGUUCUAAAUUUGUUUCCAUUAUGGGUUGCCUUGUCUAACGGGUUGCAAACAAGCUUUAUCCUUUGUCAUCUAUUGCCCAAGAUUCUGAUUCAGAAAAACAUUCCAAUGAACCUCCAUCAGUAUGGAAGCGCAUGGCAGAAGCAUUCCCUUUUUCGCCAAAUAUUUGUUGUUUAUGGAAGCGCAUCAAAGGCCGUCAAGCAGGCGGUACAUCGCCAAAUUCCAAUACUUGUACGUACUGUGGGAUCGUCACCUAAUCUUCUUGAAAUUAUUUCUGAUCCUCCAACUGGAAGCGAGAACCUCCUGAUCCAGGUUUUACAUACCCUGACAGAUGGAAUAGUUUCCUCUCAAGAACUGAUUUUUACUGUUAGAAAGCUAUAUGAUUCAAAACUGAAGGAUGUAGAGAUUCUUAUUCCAAUAUUACCCUUUCUGCUGAAAGAUGAGGUUAUGCUUAUAUUUCCGCUUGUGAAUCUUCAACUGGAUAAGUUCCAAGCAGCACUAGCUUGCACACUACAGGGAUCAUCCCAAUCAGGUCAUCUUCUGGCUCCAGCUGAAAUCUUGAUUGCUAUCCACGGAAUUGAUCCCGACAAAGAUGGAAUUCCACUAAAGAAGGUCACAGAUGCAUGCAAUGCCUGCUUUGAGCAGAGGCAGAUAUUCACCCAACAAGAUGCCAAAGUUUUGAAUCAGUUGGUUGAGCAGAUUCCUCUUCCUUUACUGUUCAUGCUUGCGGUAUUGCAAGCCAUAGUUGCCUUUCCUGCACUGGCAGAUUUUAUAAUGGAGAUCCUCUCUCGACUUGUGAGCAAGCAGAUAUGGAAAUACCCGAAGUUGUGGGUGGGAUUCUUGAAGUGUUCGUCCUUGACAAAACCUCAGUCAUUUGCUGUGCUGCUUCAGGUGUGUCUUUGCUGCUAACAUGUUGCUUCUUUAUCCUUGCAAUCUUUUAUCACUACCUUUUGCACUAGAAGCCCGACUCUGUGAUUGAAUGGAUAAUAAACUGCAUACUCAUUGGACUAUUUCGUUCACUCGAGGGAAGAAAAUCUAUGUUAAUAUGUGAUGAAAUUGCUUAGUCUAAAAUAUAUUUUUGGACUUUGAAACAAGCGUUCUUCACAUCUGUAUGAGCUGAUGGUAUAUAAUUUUUGUCUCAGCUACCUUCAGCACAGCUAGAAAACGCACUGAAGAGAACUUGCAGCUCUGAAAGCACCGUUGGUUGCUCAUGCCAUGUCAACCGGACAUCCGAUCUUCCCUUCCAAGGUCAAUAUUGGUAGUUUUGGGAAUUGUUUCAGAUUCGUCGGCACAAACAAGUCAAUCUCAGGCCGAGGCACAGACAAGUCAGACUCAGGCCGAUAUACAAACCAGUCAGUCCCAGGCCGAGGCACAAACAAGUCAGUCCCAGGCCGGCGAUGCAAGCAACUCGGAAAAGGACGCAGUCACAGAGAAAUCAAAGGAGUCAUCUAGUGCUAGUUGAAGAUUCAUGUGGAGUGUCAUCGUGUUAUUAUCAAAUGGGGAAUGCCGUAAUAAGUACGGACCGCAUAGCCAUGUAAAACCGAUUUACCGCAUUCUUAGAAAAGUUACAAUAAGAGAGAUGCAUGGUAGGCAACAUUCAAUUCAAUUAUGAUCAAAACUUUGCUGCU